AUAAACAAUUGUACUCAUGUCCUGCUUUAAUUGUUGCGGCGGAGGCUUUAAGUCACGCCCGUCAAAAGAAGACGUACCAGAGUAAUAAAAGAUAUCUGAGGCCGACACGUUUGGAACAAAUAUUAUAUAAGGAAGAGUGCUUGGGCUCGGGGAACAACUUUUGUGUACGAACUUCGUGCAGACUUCUACACGUCCUUCUCGAGUACUUGUUGAAUAAGCUCCGAAGGAAUGUCCAACCGCAAGGCAAGAGGGCUGUCAGCCGAGAAUGAGUUCCCAGAUCUCAGUCAGCACAAGAACCACAUGGCCAAGUUCUUAACUCAAGACAUGUACGUCGCGUUGAAGCAGAGGUCCACCCGCAGUGGCUUCACCAUAGAUGGUGUCAUUCAAACCGGAGUAGAUAAUCCAGGUCACCCCUACAUCAUGACCGUGGGCUGCGUGGCUGGGGACGAGGAGUCGUAUGAGAUCUACAAAGAGCUCUUUGACCUCGUGAUUGAGGACCGACAUGGAGGAUACAAACCCACAGACACUCACAAGACUGACCUCAACCCGGACAACCUUGUGGGGGGUGACGACUUGGACCCCAACUACGUCAUGAGUUCCCGUGUCCGAACAGGCCGCAGCCUUCGGGGCUUCUGCCUGCCGCCACACUGCAGCAGAGGGGAGAGACGUGCUUUGGAGAAGAUCGCCAUUGAAGCUCUGGGUGCUCUAACUGGAGAGAUGACCGGAAAAUAUUACCCCUUAAACACCAUGUCAGAUGCAGAGCAGCAGCAGCUGAUCGACGACCACUUUCUGUUUGACAAGCCCGUCUCCCCUCUGCUGCUGGCCUCCAGGAUGGGCCGUGACUGGCCCGACGGCAGAGGCAUCUGGCACAACGAGAGCAAGACUUUCCUGGUGUGGGUGAACGAGGAGGAUCAUCUGCGCGUGAUCUCCAUGCAGAAAGGUGGCAACAUAAAGGAAGUGUUUACCCGCUUCUGCACUGGACUCGGAGAGCUGGAAGGCAAGUUCAAGGAGAAAGGUCACGUCUACAUGUGGAACGAGCACCUGGGCUACAUCCUGACCUGCCCCUCCAACCUGGGCACCGGUCUGCGUGCCGGCGUGCAUGUAAAGUUGCCAAACAUGAGCAAGCACCCUGAAUUUGAGGAGGUUCUCAAGAGACUGCGUCUCCAGAAACGUGGAACCGGUGGAGUGGACACUGACGCUGUGGGUGGCGUGUUUGACAUCUCCAACGCUGACAGACUGGGCUUCUCUGAGGUGGAGCUGGUGCAAAUGGUGGUUGACGGUGUCAAGGUGCUGGUGGAUAUGGAGAAGAACUUGGAGAAGGAAGAGCCCAUUGAUGAUCUGAUGCCCAAUCAGAAGUAGAACCACUUAAUCUUUCCCCUGCUUUAAUAAUGGAAUCCAGUUUCUACCCCCUUACUGUUUUAGCUCUUCCAUAAGUUUGAAAUAAAAUGUGGCUGGUCA